UUUCGGUUUUAGUGGUCAUCUGUGCUAGUACAUGACUGAUGGUUUCAUUAAAUUUUCGUUGACCGAUGUCUAGUGCAAGAUGGUAUCCUACUUAUAUACUUGUGUGAUGGCAGCCAAUAUGUCGAAUUUCUCUUUCUUUCUAUUUAAAUUUCUUUACCGCAAAACAUAUGUGGACAGGUAAUAACGACUGGUAUAUAAGCACCGGAGUCGCUGUUCCAGAAGACACAUCACUUCCUGCUGUACAGCAAGAGCUCACAAUGAGAACUACUGGACAAUCUGUUCUUCUGUUAUGUCUCGUGCUGGCUAUUGCUCUAGCCGACCGUGAAAAACGUUCACCCGAUGGGCAUGGACACCACGGGCACCAUGACCACGAUCACGGACACGAUCACGGACAUGGCGGUGGUGUCCCAAUUCACACUCCUGAUGUGGGUGCCGGAUAUGGUAACCCAGUAGCUGUUUCGUCUUACAAUACGCAGCCAGAACAACAGUAUUACGAUCAACAGUCUUACUCUGCUCAAGCAUCUGUUCCUUCUUACGAUAACCAUCAAGGAUCUUCACAACACGAAGGCCAAGCAGCUCCUCUCUACAAUUCCCCAGCUUAUGAGUAUAGCCCUCCUGCCCCUGCCUACAGUCCUCCUGCUCCUUCAUACAGCCCUCCUGCUCCAGCAUACAGCCCUCCAGCUCCUGCAUACAGCCCUCCUGCAUACAGCCCUCCUGCGUACAGUCCGCCUGCAUACAGCCCUCCUGCUUACAAGGCUCCUGCAUACAGCCCUCCUGCAUACAGCCCUCCUGCUUACAACCCGCCUGCGCCUGCAUACAGCCCCCCUGCUCCUCAAUACUCCCCACCUGCCCCUCAGUAUCCAGCUCCAUCUUACAGCCCUGCAGCUCCACAAUACAAUCCUCCAGCUGCACAGUACACUCCUCCUGCUCCACAAUACAGCCAAUCUUACGAAGCACCUCAACCAUCGUAUGAAGUCCCUCAACAAUCGUACGAAGCCCCACAAGAGGUGUACGAAGCUCCUCAACAUUCUUACGGAGCCCCAAAAGCCAAGAAACCCAAGGGUAGUUAUGGUGCCCCAAAAGCCAAGAAACCCAAGGGUAGUUAUGGCGCUCCAAAGGCUACUAAGAAGCCCAAGUCCAGCUACGGACCUCCCCAGAAAGCUUACGGUGCUCCUCAACAGUCCUAUGCAGCUCCAGCUCCUUAUUACCAAGUCCCAAGUCAAUCUUAUCAAGCCCCGGCUUAUUCUGCUCCUGCUCCUGUCUACACCCAACAAUCCUACACUCCCCAAGUCUAUGGUCGUUAAGUAUUACAUGAAUCUGCUGGCUGAUUCAUGCACUUUCAUCUUUUUGCUAAGGCACUGUAAUCUCCUAUUUUUCCCUUAUGCUUACGGAUGAUGUUAACCCCGCAUUUUCUUUGCAGUGCAAUGAUUCCCCGUCAGCAAUUGGAAUGUUUAUCAUCGCAUUUUACAGUUGUAAUGAGAAACACAUUAAAAC